AGAAAAUGAAAGAUAUGAAAAUUCAAUAAUAUACGCCUGUGAAAUAUCUUAACUUUCGAGUCGUGUAGUAUGGAGGGUUUCCAAUGCUUUCAAUUUAUUAUUAGGUAUCAAGAAGGGCGAACACGUAACGUAGAAGCAACGCGUCUCUACUACUGACCAGAAACUAUCAAAAACGCGCUGUUUAUUAAAUAAAUCAUCAAUUGCAAUUAUUUUUGCACGUUUACUUUUUACUAUAAACUCAUAAUAGGCUCUUCAAAUUUCUAUUUGAAACAAUUGACCAUUGCAAACGGACUCAAUAACUUGCGAGCUUUUCCACUCAUUGAUAUUGAAUAGAAGCAGUUUGGAUUUUUUAAAUAUGACAAUGGCAAAAGAAAAGCAUUUCAAAACUGGUUCUGACAAUUCUUUAAGCAAGAUGUCCGAAAAGCUGAAGGCGCGAUUAAAAUAUGCGGUUUUCAAAGUUGACCGUGGCUGGGAAAACCAGACGUUGGAUCAGGUCGAAAAUUUAAUACGAAAGAAAAAAGGAAGUCAUAAAAGAUCUAGAUCUAUAAACGAUUUGGAAACGACUGGCCCAAGGAAAACCUAUUCCUUUGAUGAGUAUCCGCGUAAAGUACGCUCGAAUUCUUUCUCUCGAUUGAUUAGCCCACGCGAAGACUUUCUGCAAUUAAUUUCCAGAAAUUAUUCCUCUUCUAGUCCUACCUCGGCAUCUUCCUCUCUGGACAGAACGAGCCCUCCGUGGUUGAAUUCACACGAUACUAUUUUGGAGCAGCCAAAAAUUCCCUUUGAUCUUCCUUCUUCUCCCCCUAUUUGUUCCAUUGGAAAUUUAGCAACCAUAAUGCACAGUCAUAUGGCUUUCUUGCAUGAUGGAGGACAAGGUGGAUUUGCAAUCAACCAUUCGCCUACUUCAGAAUUUUAUAUGGAGAAAAAUUUAAAAAACCAAGCGUUGGUACCAUUUUCUCUUUCGAGAGAGGAUUGUAAGGCAGCUGAGGCUAUUUUGAGUUUGGUUCACGCCGUUCCUACUGGAAACUUUUCCAUCGAGAGGUUUGAGGGUUAAGAAAUACAGAAUCAUCUCCUGAUGUAAAUACGAUUGUUAUGUUAACUUGAACGAUUUAUUUAUUUGGGUCAUAUUCUGAUGAUUUCCAACAAUUGAGUAACCAUUUCCCGCAUCGUUUUAUUUAUUUUCUUUAUCCUUUAUGAUUUUUUGUUCACCAAACCCUUACUCUAGAUCCCUCUCACCGUGUCCAUUUUUGGAAGGUAUAACGACUUUGCCGCAAUUCGUUUUUAAUAAUAUAGCUUACAGACAGGAGCUCUGAGUUUUCAGCAUCUCAAACAGCGAACAUAUAGAAGAAAGCUUACGUAAAAAGAAGUAGAACCGAACAUAUGUUCUAUUUAAUAGAACUAUCAUAAUUGGUCCUUUCUUGAACAAAUCUAGUGAUUCUUUAUAUUCUUUCACAAAAUUAUGCAAUCAUAAAAGAUGCAAUAUGUUAGCCUAACUAACCUUUUGUUUACCCAAUAUUCGUUAUCUGAUGAGCCAUAACUUCUUUGUGUUGCUUUUUUUAUUUAAUAAAUAUUAUUCUCAAUUGCAAGAAUCUCU